AACUGGAAAGAGCUGGUUGGAGUUUGCACUUUAGCUCCGGGCAGGAAGGGAGCCCCGCGGUGCCGGCAGCAGGAGGAUGGCUCGUUUGCUCUGGCCCCCGCUCAGAGUCCUGCUGCUGCUCGAGGUGGCGGCCGCCGUGAGCUUCCUCCACCACCGCUACGAGGAGAUGGUGCAGGCCCUGUUCCGCGUGCAGAACGAGUGUCCCUACGUCACCCGCAUUUACAGCAUCGGCCGCAGCGUCCAAGGGCGGCAUCUCUACGUGCUGGAGUUCAGCGACCACCCUGGGAUCCACGAGCCCUUGGAGCCAGAGUUCAAAUACGUUGGGAACAUGCACGGGAACGAGGUGCUGGGCCGCGAGCUGCUGCUGCAGCUCUCGGAGUUCCUGUGCGAGGAGUAUCGCCGCGGCAGCGAGCGCGUCACGCGCCUCGUCCACGACACGCGCAUCCACAUCAUGCCCUCCAUGAACCCCGACGGCUACGAAGUGGCUGCCAAGCAGGGCCCAGACAGCAUUGGGUACUUGACCGGGAGGAACAACGCCAACGGAGUGGACCUGAACCGCAACUUCCCAGACCUCAACACCUUCAUGUACUACAAUGGGGAAAUCAGCGGGCCAAACCACCACAUUCCUCUGCCAGACAACUGGAAAAGUCAGGUGGAGCCGGAGACGCUGGCUGUCAUUCAGUGGAUCAGCAACUACAAUUUUGUGCUCUCAGCCAACCUGCACGGUGGAGCCGUGGUGGCAAAUUACCCCUAUGAUAAGUCGCAGGACACGCGGUUCAGGAGCCACCGGCGCACGUUCAACACACCUACCCCCGAUGACAAGCUGUUCCAGAAGCUGGCCAAGACCUACUCAUACGCCCAUGGCUGGAUGCACCGAGGCUGGAACUGCGGGGACUACUUUGCCGACGGCAUCACGAACGGGGCCUCCUGGUACUCGCUCAGCAAGGGCAUGCAGGACUUCAAUUACCUUUAUACCAACUGCUUUGAAAUCACCCUGGAGCUGAGCUGCAAUAAAUUCCCCCCGGAGGAGGACCUGGAGCGGCAGUGGAUGGCCAAUCGGGAGGCCCUUGUGGCUUUCAUUGAAGAGAUUCACCAGGGCAUCAAAGGGAUGGUGUCAGACGAGAACAACAACGGCAUCGCAGGAGCAGUGAUUUCUGUCCAGGGAAUCAGCCAUGAUGUCACCUCAGGUGAUAUGGGGGACUAUUUCCGUCUCCUGCUGCCUGGCACUUACACUGUAACAGCCUCUGCAGAGGGCUAUCAGUCCCAAACAGUGACAACAACAGUGGGACCAGCUGCACCUUCAUUGGUGCACUUCCAGCUCAAACAAGACGUGGUGAGGAAGCCCCCAGAGCAUAAAACCUCAGGCUCACGCAUGAACAAAGCCCUUCAGAAGAAGGUAGUGCCAAGAGCCACCCACCGGAGGACCCAAAGAUGAAGACGGCGCCCUUGGCUGAGAGCUGGGGGAAACCAUUUGCAGGAGGCCUGGCUGAUGACUGCAGCCAGUGAACUUUCCAAGAGUCCAGCAUGAAACUAGCCCAAAUUACGAGGUUAUUAAAUGAGGA